GUGACCACGACCAUGUUCACGCGCAAGCUAGCCUGCAGCCCCCGCCUUAUUGCCUCACGCUGUUCCGUCUGCGCACGAUAUGUCUCAACAGCCACUGCGAGCCUUCAACAGGCUAGACAGUCAGGGCUGCCGACAGACUUUCAGUGGUUCCCAAACUUCUUCUCGACACGUGAACAGUACGCUCUGCUAGACGCUGCUCUUCGGAAACUGGAUGUCACGGAGAAUAGGCAGUUUAGGCGACGGAGGAAGGAGCUUAUGAAGGCUCAUUCAUCGACUCCUGUCGCGGAUAGCGGAGAGUCUGUGCAAUCUCUCUUUCUGCCCGACGAGUACUACGACUUCCAGGAGGGCCAUUACGAUGGUGUUAUAAGACGAUAUCGUGAGAUGCAUGUGUCGUCUUGGCCCCAGGACGUAGAGGGGCUGCUGCCUGCCCUGGACCGUCUACGCGACAUCUACCCAAGUCCCGACAUUCAGACGCAUCUACUACACCUUGCUUCUGAUGGAGAGAUUCUCCCUCAUGUAGACAACGUCGGGGCCAGCGGAUCGUGGAUACUGGGCAUAAGCCUCGGGGCAGCGCGUGUUCUCAAGCUUGAACACCCUGUCAAUUCCGACGAGGUCUACACAUUAGCCCUUCCAUCUGGAAGCGUAUACAUCCAGAGAGACACGACCCGAUACGACUUCAAGCAUUCAAUACUCUUGAAUGGGCAGUUCGAGGGAAAACACUACAAUGGUGGCCAACGUAUGAGUAUCAUGAUUAGGGACCGUUUCAAGGAUAACGGAGCGCAAUGAGUGAUGAUGUACCCCUUGAUGACAACCGCUUCCCAUGUCCUCAAGGUCGAGCGGAAUGAAGGAAGAAGGGACUUCUCUCUAAGCUUGCACUUGCUGGAACGAACAGUGGACAAGUUUAUGUGCGCCGACCCAGAGCCUGAGCACAAUUUCACGUUGAGAUAUAUUUAUCGUGAGUCUAUGCCCUUGUUGCGCUCUUGCGCAAAGG